CAUGUCGUUGCGAUAGGAUCAUGGUUCUUAAACAGUGUCUACUUUCAACGAUAGUCAUAACAAUUUUCUUCGGUACGUAACUUUUUCAUCUUUCCUUCUUUACAGCAAAGAAAAACACAUGUUACAGUGUGAAAGCUGCUUAUAUGACAACUAUAGCUAUAUUUUUUGCAAAAUUCAAAUAUUUGGAGAAAAGUAUAGAAUGCGAAAAUUGGAAUUAAUGAAUGUACACAAAUUAAAUACACAAUACAAUAAUAAAACGUUGAAAUGCUCGAAAGAGAAAUGAGAAAAAAUUAAUGUUUGCCAAAAUUUCGUUCUUUUAACAAUAAAUGGCAUUGAAUAAUCUAAUAACGACGAUUAUAUUGUUUCACGAUAUUUGUCAAAACGUUUUAAUGGACAAUGUAAACAACUCGAAAACCUAUUGUACAAAUUGUUUUCUUAAUGCCACUUAAAAGACCAUUCAAAAAACUGAUAAUAUCGAUGACCAUUAUAUCAUAUCGAUUAACGAGUCAAUUAUUAAGUAUAACGCCGGCUUUUACCUGGAAUCCUGAUAUUCAUCGUUACGAGAGCUAUGAUCUUGAGAAAGGCCCGGUCUUCUAUGAAGCUUAUUACCCAGACACCAAUGAGGAACCACGCAGCAACUAUCAAGAUAAACGUUACUUUGAUCGAGGAGCAGUCCUAGAAAAGAGUUAUCAAAUACCUUCUGAACGUUUCACAUACCCAGAAAAUAAUAUUCAGUUGGACAACUAUCAAAACAAUGCAGCAAAUGCCAUCCUUCAAAAUGAUGAUCGUUUCUCUCUUGAAUCGAAUACACGGUCUUUGGAUAUACAGGAAAUUUCGAAAAUAGCUAGAAGAGCGAUUUCCCGGGAUUUGGAAAAUUGGAACACGCUUGAAAAUUUUUUAGAUCGCGUCAAAGAUCAGGAUUCUUUUUUUCGUCGUCGAAUCAUUGUUCCCGAAACGGGAUACAGAAUUGAACAACAAAUUCGUCGAAUCGAUCCUUUAUCGAAUUCUUUGAAACAACCACGAGGUCUGAGAAGAGAUCUGUAUGAGGAAAUUCAAGAAGAAUCUUUAGCUUUGCCCAGUCGUAUUCAAUUGGACGAAAGAGAUUCGAUUAGAAAAUUAACAACGCGUGAUCUUGCGAAUAGAGAUAUUUUGAAACCGAUCAGUUCGAUUCAAUAUAACGAUAAUAAAGCAUCACGAGAACAAGAAGUAAUACAAGCAAUAAGAACGAGUCAAUUAAAUACACCGUUAUUAAAAGAUGCGAAUCCGUCGGAUUCAAAAUCAAUUAUAGAUUCUUAUCCAAAAGAAAAUAUUUUUGCACCGCGGCCUCAGGUUAUCAAUUAUAUUUUUUCGAGGAAACCAGAACUUACUACGCAAAAUAAAGCUCAAAAUUUAUCCCAAACAAAGAACAUUAGUGAAUUUAUGCCUAGGAAUUAUGGAGAUAAUUUGAUUCAAAAUGAGGUGAAGAAAGCAGCGGAGAAUAAGGAUGUUAAAGUGACAUCCAUUGAAAUUAGCGAAGUACCUAAACAUAAGACUCGUCAUCAUCAUGGAGAAUGGCCAAAACGCGACUAUUCUCGUCAUCAUCAAUCUUAAGAAAUAAUUUUUAUUUCAAAAAAAAAUGUAAUUGUGUUUAAUUGUCAUGUGUCAUUUAUUUCAAAUUAGUAAUAUAGAGGAAACGUAAAGAAAUGUUUUCAAUAUCGUUUAAUUGAAAUAUUUAUUCAAUAUAUGAUACAACAAUGAUACAAUUUUCUAUAACAAUAUAUGUGUAUAUAUUUUAUUUUUUGUUCAUUUAAACUUUUUAUUAUUAUAUUUAUAUAACUAUACACAUACUAACAAGCAAUAACAUCGCAUAUAUAAGAAAAUAUGUAUUUUUUUUCGCGAUGCGCAUGGAAGCAACAACUUGUUAAUAUUUGACGAAUAAAUAAAUUGAUAAUGCAAAAACAUAUAAGAAAAUGAAAGUGACAAUGAUCAUGGUAUGAAUUUUAAUAAUAUCGAUUAAUAUGAAAAUAUAUUUCAAAUUUUUUCAAGAAUAUUUUCAAUAAAAAAAUGUUAAAUAUGUUUAAUUGAUAAUGAAUACUAAAGGAAUGUUUGGACAAAUGCCUUUUCUGUUUAAUAAAAUAAUAAAAUGAUA